UGAAGUUCAUGUUUUAAUUGCAACAAUUGUGCUUAAAACAGAUACUAGUUCGCCAGGUGAAUACAUAUCUAGUUCUUUCAAAAUUGAUAAAUUUAUCGCAGCCCUGAAGAGAAUUCAUUUGGGGCGUCAUUCAUGUAGCCACAGUUAUUGUAUGCGUCAUCAGUUAUGAUGAUAACAUAAUCAAUGAUGAUGAUGAUAUAAGAGUCCAAAAAACUUUGAACAACACUUCACUCGCCAGUUGACAAGCUAAGCGAUAGUCGGUCUCUGCUCCCUCAACGUGAAAAGGUUGACUUGAAAAGACAAGAUGAAGACUAUGGCAAUUCUGAUCGCAAUGGCUGCGACACUUGGAACUUGUGAUGCCCUCAGAUGCUUCCGCUGCUACGGCUAUAAGGACAGCUCGUGCGGAGAGUCCUUCAGAGCGAGUACGACCGUUUACUGUUACACUGCGUGCUACAAGAGUAUGACUACAAUGAAGACAGUCUUAGGUACUAGCAUAACUUACGACAGAGGCUGCCUCAAUUUUACUCCAACUUCCAUGACUUGCUCCAAAGGCAGUGGUGGCAUCCCCGGCUUCGCCAGCGGCUCCAGUGAGGGUUGCUACUGCAACACCGAUAACUGCAACUCGGCCUCUAACCUGCUGCCCUCUAUCGUCCAGAUCGUCAUGACUGUUGCUGCAUCUUGUAUCUUCCAGAAAUUUUAGAAUGCAUUGUAUGAUGUGAAGCAUUUUGGACUGUGACCUGCAAAUAAGAAGGAGUGAAACAAAGCACUGUCAAAUUGGAUUUUUUUCUCUUGGAUUAUUUAACAUAUGUUGAUUGAUAUCCAUUUAUUGGACAUGUGAAAAUCGAAGCACAGGCAGUAUGAUAAGUAACUUUAGAAAAGCAAACAUAAUAUUGACAUCUAACGUAAUGAUAUUUGUCAUACCUUAGAUAUUCUGAAAUGAUUUGUCUGUCGAACAUUAUUGAGAAAAAUAUUUGAAUAUAUGAAUA